AUGUCAAAGGAGGAUCGUUCGAAUUUGCUUCUUCGAGAUUUUGAACCAUCUAUUGUUCGACUUAAACGUAAACUUCGUCUUAUUCUUAAUAAAAAUCUCCGACAAGAUAAAAUUAGUAAUGAAAAUAUUACUCUUGUUGAAUUUAUAUUAUAUUCAAUAUUUCUUAUAAUUGUUAUUAUCAUGUGUACUAUGAAUUAUAUUUCUCAAGAUCUUUUCUAUGCCGAUAAAUGUAUUCGACGAUUACUUAUUAAUAAAUUCGAAUUAAAUAAAGUUAAAACAAUUGAUACAUUUUGGAAAUAUAUAGAUCGAUUUAAUAAUGAACUUUAUACUAAUGUUAUUCAAUUAAAACAAAUAACAAAUAAUACGAAAGAACAAUUUACUCAUCAAAUAUUAUUCUCAAAUGAAAAUUUUAUUCUCGGUACACCGCGUCUACGUCAAAUCCGUAUUGAUGAUACCUAUUGUUAUAUUAUGAAAGAUCUUAGUGUACGAAAAAUAAAUUGCUAUAUACCAUAUGAUAAAUCUAAAGAAUAUCGAGAUAAAUUCACUUCAAUCACAGGCGCACAAUAUAUUUAUACAUCAUCAAAAACAACAUCUGCAUUAAAAUUAACAAAUAUAUAUGGACCAUAUGAUACUGGUGGUUUUAUUUAUCAUUUUGAUUCAAUAAAACAAUUGAAUGAUGAAGCUAUGGAAAGCUUGAAAACUAAUGCAUGGUUAGAUUUAAGUACACGAGCAAUUUUUCUUGAAUUUAUCUAUUUCAAUCCAAAUACUGAACAAAUUACUUCAAUUAAUAUUCUUUUUGAAUUUCUUACAACUAGUACAAUUGAAACAAAAGAUUUUUUCUAUACAAUUCCAAUAAACAGUUUCUUUUUUGGACGAAAAAAAUUAUUAGGAAUAUUUCACAUUUUAUUUCUUCUAUAUUAUAUUAUAUAUACUUUUUAUUAUGUUGGUAAAAUAGCUGAAUAUCGUUUAUGGUUUAUUAUGUCAUCCUAUUGGAAUCUUUAUGAUCUUAGUUUACUUAUUUUAUUUAGUAUAUCAUUUUAUUUUGAUAUUAAAUAUCUUGUAUAUAUAUCUCAAACAAUAAAUUGUUUAUCCACACCUAAAAAUGAUAUAUUUAAAGAAUUGAUUUCAUUUAUUGAAACACAAAUCAAUCGAAUGGAUUUACAAGCUUAUAUAAUAGCAGCUAGUCUUAUUCGUUUACUUCGUUUUUUACCUCAUUUUUCUCAUUUAAUAUCAAAUUUACUUAAUGUCUUCUAUAAAUCAAUUCGAAAUUCAUUUGGUUUUCUUCUUCUAUUCAUUCUUAUAUUUCUAUCAUUUGUUGUUUUUGCAACAUUUCAUUACGGGAAUGAAUUAUACGAAUUUCAUACAUUUGCAUUAACAUCUUAUACACUCAUUCGAUGUACACUAGGUCAAUUUGAAUAUGAUCGUGCUUAUCGUGUUUCACCAACAUGGACUCCCAUUUUCUAUAUGUUAUAUGUAUGUAUUAUAUUUUUUAUAUUACUUAAUUUAUUAAUUGCAGUUAUAAAUGAAACAUAUGUAUUGAGUAAAGAAGAACAAAAACAAAUUGAAGAUGAUCUUCAAGAAGAAAAUAUUUCUCAUAGAAAUUAUUCUAAACAACCAAAAUUUAUUCAACAAAUAACUUCGUUUCUUAAGAAAUCGAUUGAUAAUGAUGAUGAUAAAAUUUCACUAGAAGAAAAACAAAUUUUAAUUAUUGAAAAAUUAAAAAAAAUUCUUGUUAAUGAUGGUUAUAAUAAAGAUAUGAUCGAGAAAUUUUUUGAAUCUAAUAAUGAUGAUGAUAGAUUUCUAUUAGAAAUUGAACAAAAUCAAAUAAUAAAAAUUCUUUAUAAUGAAUUUAAGAUAUUUAAUAAUCAAUAUGAAAAAUUAGCACAAGAUUGGCAAAAAACAGUUCGAAAUGCUCGUCAAUUAAUUCUUGUUAAUACAAUUGAUAUUGAACAAGUAUUAAUAAUGAAAAAUAAUUUAGAUAUUCUUGAUCAACGUUUAAAAAAAUUUGAAAAUCUUAUUCCGAAAAUUCUUGAAAAUAUUCGUGAACUUUAUGUUAAUCAUUUUUUUCAAUAA